AUGGCCGCACUUGCUCCUCCGACGCUUAGCAACGGCAAAGAUUGUUAUGGAGCUUUGAACAUCUCUUCUUUCGGAAUCUUGGAAACCUAUAAAAUUCCGAGUGUCAUCUUCGGAUACGCAUUGCCUCUACUUGAGAUACAAAUCAUUCUCAUCUUUGUUCUCAUCGUCUCUUCUCAUAUGUUCCUUAGACUUAUGGGCAUACCACAGUUCGUUUCUUACAUGCUCGCUGGUUUUAUCCUUGGACCUCACCUGCUAAAUUUGCUUGACUUUUCUUCGGACCGGUUAUCGUUGGAUGUCGCUUUGGACGGGAACGUAACGUUGGAAGGUGUGGCCAAGUUCGGGAUGAUAAUGUUCACGUUCCUAAUGGGCGUCAAGACCAACAAAAGAGCAGCGUUUCAAACUGGAAAACGACCAAUUGUGAUCGCGGUUUCGUCCUUUGUCGUGACAAUGGGCACGGGGAUGGCCUUCAGAAACUACCGUAUCGACAAGGCUGAUCCUCUCUAUAUGCCUUUGAGGCUGGCUCCAACAGAACGCACCGUGAUUGUAGCGAUUCAAGCGUUAACGCUGUUACCGGUGGUAACCCACCUCAUACAUGAGCUUAAGAUUCCGAACUCUGAACUCGGCCGCCUAGCUAUAUCUAUCUCCGCCUUCAACGAUCUCCUCGCUUUUAUCAAUCUGAUGUGCGUCUCCUACGUUGGAACUUACAGGUACGUAUCACCGAGAACAGCCAACCGUGAUGCAGCGGCAAUGAUCAUCUUAGUGCUUGUGAUCAUAUUCAUCAUCAGACCUACGGCUCAACGAAUAGUCAACAUUACCCCAGAUGGCAAGGAAGUACGGAAACUCUACUUGUACGGAACAAUCAUGUCAGCAGUCGCCGCGAGCAUUUACACAACGUUUUUCAAUCAAAUAUACGUUCUAGGAGCCUUUAUGGUUGGGAUGGCGAUCCCAGACGGUCCACCUCUGGGGUCAGCUUUAGAGGCUAAAUUCGAGAGUUUGGCUACAAACGUAUUUUUCCCCAUCUCAAUCGCGGUUAUGACCAUGAAAGGUGACAUUAUAAGGGUAUUAUAUGCGUUCGAUGACAUAUCGUUCAACAUAUUUCUGGUUGGUUUCACAUUGGUUCUGAAAAUGAGUGCCUCUUUUGUACCUUGCUUGAUCUUCAAGUUACCUACUAGAGAGUCCAUUAUCAUCGCCAUGAUUAUGAACUAUAAGGGUUUUGUUGACCUAUGCUUCAUUGAAGGCGCCGUAAAUAAAUGGAAUUUGUCACAAGCAACGAACACGUUCUUGAUGAUGUACGUGUUACUGAACGCAGGGAUUUUACCUACCAUCGUGAAAGCAUUAUACGAUCCAAAGAGGAAGUAUAUUGGAUACGUAAAGAGAGACGUUAUGCAUCUGAAACCAAACUCUUACCUUAGGAUUCUAACUUGUUUGCACAAACCAGACAACAUCUCAGGCAUGAUCUCGUUGCUUCAACUGCUUUCUUCACCUCCCAACAACGAGAACAAAGACAAAGGAUCAGUUAUCGCGGUCACGGUGUUACACCUCGUGAAACUCGCGGGACGUGCGUUUCCCAUCUUAGUACCACACGACAAGCGAUCUAAGCCGCGUUUGCUUCAAAACUCUUACAUACAAACAAUGAUGCUCGCGUUCAACGAGUUCCAACAAACGAAUUUGGGAACUACGAGUGUUAACUCCUUCACAGCUUUCUCUCUUGAGCAUCUUAUGGAUCAAGACAUUUGUAAUCUCGCUUUAGACCACCUCACGUCGAUGAUCAUCGUCCCUUCUGGACGAAAAUGGUCACCUGAUGGAUCAUAUGAAUCUGACGAUAUAAUGAUCAGACGUGUGAAUAUUUCUCUCCUUGAACGUGCUCCUUGUUCUAUUGGCGUGCUCAAUAACCGAGGGCAUCGUAACUUGAAGAGCAAGAAAAGUAGUAGUGGUACGGUUAAAGUCGGUGUGAUCUUCAUUGGUGGUAAAGAUGAUUGGGAGGCUCUCUCUAUUGCGAAAUGGCUGAGACAGAACCCUAGGGUGCGUCUCACGGUGAUCAGAUUCUUGUCCGGUCAAGAACCAGACAAGUCCAAGAAUUGGGAGUACCUUGUUGAUAACGAGGUGUUGAAUGAUUUGAAAGCAACAUGGGCCUCCGCCAUAAAUUUCUCCUAUACGGAGAAGAUAAUUGAUAAUGGUCCUGCUGUGGCAACAGCCGUUAGAUUAGCGGCCGAAGAGCAUGACUUGAUGAUUGUAGGGAGAGAUCACGACGAAGAUUCACUGGAUUACUCGGGUUUGGUGGAGUGGAUGGAGCUUCCGGAAUUAGGAGUCAUUGGAGAUUUGCUUGCAUCUAAAGAGCUAGGAACUAGGGUUUCUGUUUUAGUUGUUAAACAGCAGCAACAAACAUGA